AUGAAAAUGGAACAAGAUCGCCAAGAAGAAGAAUCUGAGGUGAGUGAAUGGGUACUCUUUACUAAGGUAAAGAAGCAGGUGUUUAGUCGUGACUUCCUAAAUUGCGAUGAAUGUUUUCUGGACCGUCGCUGGACUUCUUAUGAUUCUUUCUCCCAACUUCUUCUGGCCAAAAUGCCGCCUUCAUCCCCUCACGAGACUGCUGCGCGAACAUUUGAAAGAGAAUUUUGGAGACGUCUCGAGCCAAUGGGACUAGUACGGUGUAUUCGAAGCGAAGGAUCUGCAGCCCAGGAAGCUGAAGACGGAUCGGCGAAACAACCUGACUGUCAAUUUUUUCCAAAAAGACUUCCUAAAGGAAGAUCUCGUUCUUGGCCUACUCUUGUGGUGGAAGUGGGGUAUUCAGAAUCCCCUUCGAAAUUGAUGUCGGAUACUCGAUUCUGGCUCGACAAAUCGAAUAAUGAUGUCCAAAUGGUCAUCAUCAUAAAGGUCCGCCGAGAUGCACCUAGCAUCGUGCUAGAAAGAUGGGAACCAGUGGGCGGAAAGAAAAAACGUCUACAAGUUGUCACUGUCAGCAAGAGAGACAACAACCGGAUCGACAUCCAAGGCCAGCCUUUGAUUAUCCCUUUCGAAAAAAUAUUUCUCCGCCAACCUACUAUUCCUAAAGAGAGGGAUCUCAGCCUAGAUGAAGAAGCUCUGGCGGCUAUUGCGGAUGAUGUCUGGGACACACAAGAUUUCUGA